CGGCCGCUCACAGCCUAGAGCAGAUAUCAGUUUCCGCCGCUUUGUACCGUCGUAUUUCACCUUGAAUCAGUACACAGAUUCCAAUUUCCAGCCGCUUCCCGAAAUUCGGACUUUGUCCAGGUCCGCCUGUUAUUUGCUGUCUGGCUGCAAUCCUCCAAUGGGAGCCAUGAGAGGUCGUCAUUCUGCUAAUGGCAGCCGGCCUCCAUGGAACGCCCUCACUGGGGUGGGGUCGUCUCCCCCUCACUGGGACUGUGUGGGCACCCGGCGCCUCCUCUGCGCACACUGAGAUUCGAACCCGGCUCCACCAUUCUCUGCUCCGCCAUUCCCUGCUCCGCCAUUCCCCGCUCCGUCAUCCCCGCUCCGCCAUUUCCCCGCUCCGCCAUUUCCCCGCUCCGCCGGAGCGUCACUUCGUGAGUUUCUGAGGCUGGUUCGGCAUUGGGUCAAUAUCAGCCCCAGUUGAGCAUAGUCACUUUCCUGGCGCUCCAGAAAAAACUCAUUCUCUUUCAGUCCGCUGGCUCUCUGCGACUUGACACUUCCAGAAGCUUCCAGACGCUUCCAGACGCUUCCAGACCCUUCCAGACCCUUCCAGAAGCCAAGAAGAAUUUUCAUCCGCCCAUGGCAAACAGCACGGCAUGGGCCGCGUGUGCGGUGAUUGCGCUCAGGCUGAUUGCCAUCGCCACAACGACUCUGCUCGUUGCGGCUGCUCCACCGGUUACGGCCGCACCACCACCCCUCACCGCCACUCCACCCCUCACCGCCGCUCCACUGGUCAUGGCCGCCCCACCCGCCACGUCUGCUCCACCGAGCCCCGAUAG